AAUGGCGGACUCAAAUCAUGUUCAAAUUGAAAAUUCUGAAAUGACAAGCAAGGAUUAUUAUUUUGAUUCCUACGCUCAUUUCGGCAUACAUGAAGAAAUGUUAAAAGACGAAGUUCGAACGCUUUCUUAUCGUUCGUCUAUUUAUCAAAACCGGCAUCUAUUUAAGGAUAAAAUUGUUCUUGAUGUUGGUUGUGGAACUGGCAUUUUGUCAAUGUUUGCCGCCAAAGCUGGAGCAAAACAUAUUUAUGGAAUUGAUAUGUCGAAUAUUAUUGAUCAAGCGCGCCAAAUUAUUGUUGAUAAUAAUUUAGAUGAUAAGAUUACCCUCAUCAAAGGCAAAAUGGAAGAAGUCGAACUUCCAGUUGAGAAAGUUGACAUUAUCAUCUCAGAAUGGAUGGGAUAUUUUCUACUUUAUGAAUCUAUGCUUGAUACCGUGCUUGUUGCGCGCGAUAAAUACUUAAAACCGGGUGGUUUAAUAUUUCCAGAUAAAGCAACAAUUUACCUGUCGGCUAUUGAAGACGGAGAAUAUAAAGAAGAAAAAAUUGGAUUUUGGGAAAACGUUUAUGGAUUUGAUUUUAGUUCAAUUAAGUCUGUUGCUCUAAGGGAGCCUUUGGUGGACGCUGUAGAUGCUAAAGCUGUAGUCACAAGUCCGUAUUCCAUCAAGGAAAUUGAUAUAUACACUGUUAAAAAAUCAGAUUUAUCGUUUAGUGCUCCUUUUAAAUUAACUGCUACGAGAGAUGAUUAUAUUCACGCUUUUAUCGCAUGGUUUGAUAUUACCUUUUCAGCUUGUCAUAAACCAAUUAGAUUUAGCACAGGCCCACAUGCCAAAUACACACAUUGGAAACAAACUGUUUUCUAUACCACUGAUGCUAUAACUAUUAAAUGUGGUGAAUCUAUUAUGGGUACUUUAUCUUGUUCUCCCAAUAAACGAAAUAAUCGUGACUUAGAUAUUGAAAUUUCCUACGAAUUUCAUGGUGAAACAGCACCUUGCUCUGAAGUGUGUAAAUAUAGGAUGUAUUAGACCAUUUGGACAAUUAUUUAAUAUUUAAGUUUAUUAAAUCGUUGGAUGAACGUCACAAAUCUUAAUUGUUUUAUAUUGGUAAACAUUUGUACAAAACAAUUAUGGUUGCCAAUAUAAAAGUUAUUGUAUUAUAAGGAAAAUUUUAUGAAUUCAUAAUUUCGGAACAAUAACCAUUAAUAAAAGAGAAUUAUAUU